UUGAUCCCUUCGGAGAUGAAAGACCGAAGUCUCAGUGCCUGUAAUGGAAGAAUCGACGCAAGCGUUUUAUUUUUCUUAUAGUGACAGACAGACAGACAGUCUCACCACAUUUCCUUUUUAAUUUUGGUAUGGAACUCUAAAAAGCAAAAUCUGAAUAUCACUUAUACGUUAUACUUCCUUACAUUUUCACACUUAGGAAAUGAAAAUUGGAUCGGUUAUCCUUAGCAAAGUAGGGAGAAGCCAGUGUCAAGUUACACCUACCCUUCAGUAUAAAAGCGUAAAACUACUCAGAUUACGAACACUCGCGUCUCCGGUUACUGACACAAGAGUAUCUACGUUCAAAACAGACGCUUGUAUUAUUACAAUAUUUUGUUACUUGUGGAAAACAAAAAGUAGCAAAAGUAGGCAUGUAGUAGUGUACCUAGUGACUGCCUAAUGACAACUAUAAUUCUAGCGAGAUGUUGGUGAAUAAGAUCGUUCACUUGGCGAUUGUCGUGCUGACGAUAGUGUGGGACUUGCGCUGCGACGCCGCGACCGCUGCCGUCAAACUGUGUGGUCGCGAGCUCAGUGAUUUCAUGAGCAGAGUUUGCCACGCGUACAAUAGCCCCUCCUGGGAUGUACCCACAGUAAUAGAGCAACCUGCAGCAGUUGUGCGGCGAAAAAGACGAACCGGGAUCGCGGACGAGUGCUGUGUGUUCGGCUGCACGUGGGAACAGCUCAGCUCAUAUUGUGCGAUCAGCGCUAAAUCAGAAUCGCCAGUGGACUCGAUGGAGGCGCACCUGAUCGCGGACCGGUCGGCGGAGGCGGCGGCGGCGGCGGGCGCGGCGGUGGUGUCGCCCGCCGUGCUGGGCAAGGCCGAGGCGAGCACGCGGCGCGAGGUGGGACGCAGUGGCAGCGGGUACGGGCGCGCACGGGGCCGCCGUUGUUGGUGCCGGCGCAAGAGGCGCUCGGGCCGCCGGCGAACCUCGCUCAUGGGUAACAUGGGGCUCAUAAAAAAUGCCGCGCGCGCUGCGCCCGUCCUGGGGACGGUGUCACCGCUGCUGACGUGGGGCAGGACCCUCAACACUGACCUGCCGUCGAUCGAGCGGGACCGAUACGCGUACAUUGCAGUCUAUACGUAAACUUGGCGACAUCGACGCUGCGAAUGAUCGUAAAAACAAAGUAAACAACGUAGACUCGUAUUUUGGUGCACCGACCGUAUGUGUUGGGCUAGUUUAAAAAUUACAUUCGUCGAUUUACUGCAAGAACUCAUUAAAUGCAAAUAUCACCUAAUUACAGUGGGUACAGUAACUUACAACAAUGAAAUGAGUUUUAUAGUAGGUACAAUAUAGAACUCGUCUUGAACUGCAACUACAACUCGUCAAGAUGAGUAUUUAAAUUCAACUUGAUAUUUUUUUUGCAAUUAAUAAGAAAUUCUCUAUAAGAUGAAAGUCCGAACUUAAAGUGCAAUUCAUAGGUAUAAUUCAGGUCGACAAAUAUUCGAUUUUUUUUUAAACAAGUACCUUCCUAGCAUGUGUUCAAGUACCUAGUGAUAUAAUGUUUA